CGGCAGCCGCCACUAGAGGUCACAGGAAGCCGCUCCGGGUUUUGCGGCCAUUCCCGAUCCCCCUCCCGCUCUUGCCUCUGCCUCCAGUCCGGGUUCCGUGCUCCGCCCCCGGCGGCCGCCUGGUUAGAAAUAGGAAAAUUCAAUAAUAAAACCCCAGGAUCAGGCAAGUUAGAUGGCGCAUGCGCGGAGCCGACGUCCGAAACACACAUUUUCCUUUACUUGGAAAGUCACCCAAAGCCGCACAAGUGCAGAAGGGAAACAAAAAAAAAAAAGAGAUUGAGAGAGAGAGAGAGAGAGGACUGGAAGUUGGUGUGAAGUGCAGUGACAUCUGAUGACCUGGAGGAAAGUUACCCCUGCUGCCUGGGGGCCCCUGAGAACAGAGCAUAGGGCCCCAGCGACUGGCUCCCCAGAAUUCAAGUGAGUGAGGCUAUUUUCAUAAAGACAGCAAAGAUUGCAGUUAGAAGAGUCGUAAGUUGGAAUGGACAUCGCUUCAAGAGGACUUCAUGUACGAGGAUGAAGUAAAUGCUGGAGCAGUGAAAGGGUUUGUGGUGUCACAAUACAAGCUGAAAGAAGUGUUUGCAUUGACGGAACCUCAGGAAAGCCGAAGAUGGCUGCCAAACGGAAAGGCGGCCUGAAACUAAAUGCUAUCUGUGCCAAACUGAGCCGGCAAGUUGUAUCAGAACAGGGAUCAGAGACAAGAGAUGCUGAAGCUGGGCCUCUAGAAAACAACAAAAAAAACGGGGAACAAAAACAAAUAGUGGAUCCCACUGAAGGCCCUGGUAUUGAUCAACGAAGUGCUGAGGAAGAUAAGCGACGAAGGGAGGUGAUCGAAAAAUGGGUCAAUGGGGAAUACACAGAUGAACCCACUGAAAGGACGAUCAAAAAAUUAGGACUGCCCGAACUUCCCCCUGAGGGGGUCUAUAUGGUACAGCCUAAGGGGUGCAGUGAUGAAGAAGACAACACUGAGGAGUCCAGAGCCUCCCAAGGUAAUAGAUUCUUGGAAGAAAAAGAAUCAGAAAGGACAGUCUCUAAGGAUGCAGAAGCACCUACAAAACCAACCUCAGGAGCACCCUCAGGAGAAGCAUCCACGUUGCGAGAUUAUGCCGCCAACACUAUGAGUGAAUUUCUGGGGAUGUUUGGGUAUGCUCAACCCAAUGUGAGAGAUGAGCUUGCAAAGAAGAUUAGCUUUGAGAAGAUCAAUGCUGCUACCUCAGAGCAAACCUCUGCUGAAGACCCCCUCAGCAAAAGAGCCAGGUUCUCCAAAUACGAGGAGUACAUCAGAAAGUUGAAAGCUGGAGAGAACCUAUCUUGGCCUGCCCAUAUUGCAAAAGCUGAGGAACUCAACUCCAAAACUGUACAAAGCAAAGAGAGCGCAACGACUUUGCAGCCAACACCACAGCCCCUAACUAGCAGAGGUCCAGGACAUGAGGCAAUCGUUCUGCAAGAACCCAAAACUACCGUUUUGCCUCUGACGACAGCCGGCAGCUCUCAAAUGCAAGGCCUUAUGUCUCGAUCGUCAAAAUAUGACUUUUUUAUUCAGAAAUUAAAAACUGGAGAGUCUCUGCGGCCGCAAAAUGGAAAUACUUACAAAAAACCCUCCAAAUAUGACCUGGAGAAUGUCAAGUAUCUUCAUCUUUUUAAGCCUGGUGAAGGGAACCAAGACAUGGGCGGAUCUAUUGCUUUUAAAACAGGAAAAGUUGGGCGUCCUUCUAAGUACGAUGUGCGUAAUAUCCAAAAACUCACUCCACUGAAAGCUGCAGCAGUUGUCCCCAGUAUAUCCCCUGCUCCUCUCACAAGCACUCCCACCACCCCUGUGCCAGCAUCUGAACAACCAGUCACAUUGCCUUUCAACACUCCAGAGUAUCUAAAGUCAACUUUUUCAAAGACAGACUCCAUCACUACAGGGACAGUCUCCACUGUGAAGAAUGGACUGCCCCCAGACAAGCCCCCUGAAGAUGUAAAUAUAUACCAGAAAUACAUUUCCAGAUUUUCGGGCAGCCAACACUGCGGUCAUAUUCACUGUGCAUAUCAGUACCGGGAGCACUACCACUGCCUGGACCCUGAGUGUAACUACCAGAGAUUUACCAGUAAGCAAGAUGUUAUUCGUCAUUACAACAUGCACAAGAAACGAGACAACUCUCUGCAACACGGAUUCAUGCGUUUCAGUCCUUUAGAUGACUGCAGUGUUUACUAUCAUGGCUGCCAUUUAAAUGGCAAAAGCACACACUACCACUGCAUGCAGGUGGGAUGUAACAAAGUGUACACAAGCACCUCAGAUGUGAUGACACAUGAAAACUUCCAUAAGAAGAACACUCAGCUGAUUAAUGAUGGCUUUCAGCGCUUCCGAGCCACUGAAGAUUGUGGCACAGUGGAAUGCCAGUUCUAUGGGCAGAAAACCACCCAUUUUCAUUGCAGACGUCCAGGAUGCAGCUUUACAUUUAAGAAUAAGUGUGACAUAGAGAAGCACAAAAGCUACCAUAUAAAAGAUGAUGCAUAUGCAAAAGAUGGAUUCAAGAAAUUUUACAAAUACGAGGAAUGCAAAUAUGAGGGGUGUGUGUACAGCAAGGCUACCAACCACUUUCACUGUAUACGCACUGGAUGUGGCUUCACAUUCACCUCCACCAGCCAGAUGACCUCACAUAAACGCAAACAUGAGAGGCGACACAUCCGUAGCUCAGGGGUGCUCGGGCUCUCGUCUUCCCUCAUGGGAGGAAAGGACAAUGACCUGGAAGAGUCCAGCAAUGAUGAUCUCAUUGACUUCUCUGCUAUGAGUAGCAAGAACUCUAGUCUGAGUGCCUCCCCUACGAGCCAGCAGUCUUCCAUAUCCCUAGUCCCAACUGUGUCUGAAGCACCUUCACCACAAACUCAUAAAUCCACCAGCACCAUUCCACCGACAACAAAGAUCUCCACUCUUCUUUCCCAGUCAUUACCUACGAAUAUGCCCCUGGCUUUAGCCCUUUCUAGCGCAGCACUUCCUGCUGGUACUGGGCCAUACUUUCCUAUCAUGAGUGGCCGUGGAAGCACCACUUUACCUCUGAGUGCAAGUAAUAUAAUGCCUGUGGCUGCUCCAGAUGUUUCUCCACAGUCUGCUUCUGGGGCCAGCGAUCAAAACAGCACUUCCCCAGCUGCUACAUCCAUUAUGGAGAAGAUUUCUGCUAGUAAGGGUCUAAUCUCCCCAAUGAUGGCGCGUUUGGCAGCAGCAGCACUCAAGCAGUCCCCCUCUCCUGAAGCAGUGGGCAAUGGUCAACCAUCAGGUCGCCUUAGCAUCAAAACAGAAACUUCAGAUGCAGAAGGAACACUACAGAACAGCUCUCAGGAGCACAGUCUAGACCUGAGUUUGAACAGUAAUGAGCCCAACGGUCAAGACACAGUAUGUGAUCCACCGCUGUAUCCCUCCUUUGGGAAUAAGAUCCAACACUCCAAUGCAGGGAGCUCGCUAAGUCUAAAAGCAGACGCAGAGAGCAGCGAUUCUGGAGCUGGGGAGUCAACGCAUUAUCUGGGCAAAGUAAUGAAGGCCCUUGAUCGUGAAAAGAAUGCAGAGCCUUGGAAGACAUACCUGCGCAGAUUCGAUCCAGCAGAUGUUUGUGACCAUCAGUGUGAUUUCCUGCAUAAACUGCAUUUUCACUGUAUUGUGGAAGAAUGUGGAGCUCUUUUCAGCACUCAGGAUGGAGCCAUAAAACAUGCAAACUUUCAUUUUCGGACUGAUGUAGGAACAAAAAGUGGCUCAGAAAUCUCCUUUACAGGAGACUGUAAGGUAUCCCCGAUGUCUGCAUCACCUCCUAUACCUACAACUCUGACACCUGGAUGUGAGGUUCCUGCUCCGUGCCUUGCUGCUGUCCCAUCAACACCAACGCUACUAGCCUGGAAACAGCUGGCAUCAUCCAUACCGCAAAUCCCCCAAAUACCAGCAUCGGUUCCCAGUUUAGCCUCUUCUCCCAUGGCCACGACUUCUCUUGAAAAUGCUAAACCUCAAGUAAAGCCAGGAUUCCUACAGUUUCAUGAGAAUGAUCCCUGUCUGGCCACCGACUGCAAAUAUGCAAACAAAUUUCAUUUUCAUUGUCUAUUUGGAAACUGCAAGUAUGUUUGUAAGACAUCAGGGAAAGCAGAGUCACACUGCCUGGACCACAUCAACCCCAACAACAGUCUAGUGAAUGUGCGAGACCAGUUUGCAUAUUACUCCCUGCAGUGUCUGUGCCCUAACCAGCACUGUGAGUUCAGGAUGCGUGGACACUACCACUGUUUGAGGCCCAGCUGUUACUUCGUCACGAACAUAACCACUAAGCUUCCAUGGCAUGUGAAAAAACAUGAGAAGGCAGAAAGAAGAGCAGCAAAUGGCUUCAAAUAUUUUACUAAGAGAGAAGAAUGUGGCAGAAUGGGAUGUAAAUACAAUCAGGUGAAUAGUCACUUCCACUGUAUUCGGGAGGGCUGUCAGUUUUCAUUCCUCCUUAAACACCAGAUGACAUCACAUGCCCGCAAACACAUGAGGAGAAUGUUGGGAAAGAAUUUUGACCGGGUACCUGGCCAGAUGGUAUCACAUACUCCCAUGGGUGGCAGCACAGCCCACAGUCCAUCCUCUAUAGAAAAUCCUUCAUUACAGAACACAUCCCAAACUAUGAUGGACACAGAGACUGAUGAGUGCAUGGACUACACUGGUUUUGGAAGCCCCGGUGGGAUGUCCUCAGAGUCCUCCAACCUUGAUCGCAGCUGCUCCAGUACUCCAGUGGGCAAUGAAAGUGCUGAUGCAGGCUGCCUGGUCCCUUCUGCUUCUGACGACGCUCUCACCCACAAUGCACCUCCACCACCGGCUAUGCCUCAUGCUCCUUCCUUUCCGCCUGCCUUGGUUAGGCCUCCCCUCUCUUCCCUACCGUUCCUGCUCUCUCCAUCCUGUGUCUCAUACUCCUUGAUCACUGCCAGCCUUGGGGUCAGCAGGGGCAUUGUGGUGCCAACAAGCAGCGCUCCAACUUUUACACCAGUUAUAGCUACUCCAGCUCCAGUCAAAAGCGAUGUUCCACUAGUACAAGAUGCAGCAGGAAACACCAUUACAAUGCCAACAGCUUCUGGAGCCAAAAAACGAUUCUGGAUCAUUGAGGAUAUGUCGCCUUUUGGCAAACGGCGGAAGACCGCUUCUUCACGCAAAAUGCUGGAUGAAGGGAUGAUGUUAGAAGGAUUCAGACGCUAUGACUUGUAUGAAGAUUGUAAGGAUACGGCAUGCCAGUUUUCCCUAAAGGUUACUCACUACCACUGUACCAGAGAAAACUGUGGCUACAAAUUCUGUGGGCGAACCCACAUGUAUAAGCAUGCACAGCACCAUGACAGAGUGGACAACCUGGUUCUUGACGACUUCAAGCGUUUUAAAUCCUCUCUCAGCUGCAGUUUCCCUGACUGCCAGUUCUCUGGCAAUAGCACACAUUUUCACUGCUUGCGCUGUGGCUUCCGCUGCACUGACAGCACGAAGGUGACUGCUCACCGUAAGCAUCAUGGAAAGCAGGAUGUCAUCAGUGCUGCAGGCUUCUGUCAGUUUAGUUCCAGUGUUGACUGUGAGGUGCCCGAAUGCAAGUACAAGCUAAAGUGCUCACACUUUCAUUGCACUUAUCCCAGCUGCAAGCACACUGUAGUGGGAAUGUCUCAAAUGGACUCACAUAAGCGUAAGCAUGAGAAACAGGAAAGGGGGGAACUACCUUCAGUCUCUCCUGGGCUAGAGGGGUCGACUCAAUGUAGUGUUGACUAUGACCUCCAAAAUCCACCAGUGAACUUGGACAGCUCCCUGAAUUUGAGCACAGACACUCACAACUCCCUUCUCUUCCUGCAAAAUGCUGCAGGGGUGGGCCUAAAUGACUCUCUGGACCUUAGCAAGAAACCACAGGAUAGGGCUGAAAGUGUCCUUAGGGAAAACACUCAGAUGGCUAAUUGUAGAGAUGCUGAUGAUGACAUGUCUCAGGAUGAGGAAGACGAGGAUGAAGAAGAGGAGGAUGAAGAAAUUAAUGAAGAUGAGGAUGAUGAUGAUGAGGAAGAUCUGAACACAGAUUCUGAGGAUUCCUUGCCUGAUGGUGAAUGUUUAUCAAGGAAAGACAACAAAGAAAGUGCUGGGGAUUCCACUAACCACUGUGAUACCUCCAAAACUCCACUGAACCUCCAAACAUCCCCCUAACAAUACUCAGAA